AUGUCAUCUACUGAACCAAGCACUCGAAAAUCGCGACUAGAGAAAAAGAAAGAAAGCAAGCGCGAUCUGGCAGAUCGACUUCUAAAAUACGCGGUUUUGCCAAACGACGAUUGGAGUAGAUCUCCAGAUGGAAGGAUGACCCACCGAUCCGUUUCUCACAAUUCUCUUGAUCGGAGCCAGUCUAGUCGAAGAUCGUUUUCAGCAUCUGUUUCUCAAGAAAGUGAUCAAAGAUGGCAAAGACAAAGCUUACCUAAAACCCCAAAACGAGUCGAGUCUCUUAGCACUAUUCGUCAGCCUCGGCCUUCAGGCGGGACAAGUCCAGAUUUAGAGGCGCCAGAAUACGAAUACGUAGACGGAACCAAGCCCAAAGAAAAAACAACCGGUGGCGGAGGAGGCGGGGUAAAUGGCUCAAUCGUUGCGAUUAACGCGCAGCCAAGAGCAGCAAUCGUGUUUGGCAUCAAUAAUUUCCUUAUCCUGAUCGCUCUUAUCGUUGGUUUCUCAAUUAUUGGCACGCAGGUGAAUACGAUAAAGAACUUCCUUAUACCCGAAAAUGGAAAUGUAACGAAUCCGCUUGAAAUUCCACCUCGUUUAGCUAUCCAGCUCCGGGAAUGUUCGAUUCCAAAGCACGCCGAUCCAGUCGUUUCUUAUUGGUACAGAAAACCGGGAGAGACAUCCGACUCGCAGCAUUUAUCAAAUGGAGGGCGCUUGGAGAAAUCCCUGAACAUCACAGAAACGAGGAAGAAGAGUUCAGGUCAAGAUCGACUGUGGGUAAGUCAAGACGGGCGAAUUUUCGGCGGCGAUCCUGCGGAAAUCGAAGACUACCCCUGGCAAGUGUCGAUGCAUAGUGCGGCGACGGGACACCAGUGUGGCGCCUCAUUAAUUACCACCAGAUGGCUCCUGACCGCGGCACACUGCCGCAAAGCUUCCGAUGAUCCAGCCGACUGGAAGGCUUUUUUCGGAAUCAAAUACCAGCCUAGCGUGGAAAGUUGCGCAAGUGGACACUGGAGAGCAAUAAAUGCGAUUGUCUACAAACAUCCUCAGUGGAAUGAGGAUACGUACCAAAACGACAUCGCUCUGAUGAGAAUGACUCAAGAUGUCCAGUGGACAGACAAGAUCAUGCCAAUCUGUAUCGGAUCUGCUUUUACUUCAGAAAUAACUGGUGGAAGUCGCGUCCAUGUUUCUGGUUUUGGAGACACUCAGAAUCGAGACACUGACAAUGGGGAGGAGUUCCAAAGCUCUCAAGUACUCAAUUCGGUAGAAGUCGAAUAUAUCGCGCAGGACACAUGCCAGGACUGGUAUGGCGAGGAUCACACAAUGCUGGAUGAUCAGCUCUGCGCUGGGCUGGAGUCAGGCGGCAAAGAUUCCUGUGUUGCGGAUUCCGGCGGCCCUUUAGUCUCAGCUAAGCAGAUUAAUGGAGACGUCGUCUGGUUCCAGCUCGGAAUUGUGAGCUUUGGAUACAAAUGCGGCGUGGCCAAGGAAAAGUUCAUAAAAAUACUUUAUUUAACCUGUUCCCUCUGA